AUGUUUGCUCAUCUUAAAAUUCAGUCUGCUUUGAUUGACAAGCUUGUGGCUGCACAAAGUGAUGAUCAAGUUUUUGUAAAAAUUAAAGCAGAUGUGGAACAUGGACUUCAACAUGAUUUUAUAGUUCAUGAUGGAACUUUGAGAUUCAAAAACCGCUUAUGUGUACCUAAUGAUCCAGAGUUGAAGAAAGAAGUCUUAAGAGGAGGGGCAUUGUUCGCGUAUAUAAUUCACCAUGGAUCUAUAAAGAUGUAUAGAGAUUUGCGAGAAACAUUUUGGUGGAAUGACAUGAAGCGGGGUAUUGCAGAAUUUGUGUCUAACUGCUUGGUAGGAGAAAGAAGGUUGCUCGGUCCUGAGAUAGUGCAGAUUACUACUGAGAAGAUUCAACAGAUACGUGAGAGACUUCGUAUAGCUCAAAGCAGACAGAAGAGCUAUGCUGAUAAUAGAAGAAGAAAGUUAGAGUUUGAAGUCGGCGAUCAUAUUUUCCUUAGAGUAUCACCUACUAAGGGAGUGAUGAGAUUUGGAAGAAAGGGCAAGUUGAGUCCAAGAUAUAUUGGACCUUUUGAGAUUUUGGAGAGGGUUGGAGCUGUAGCAUACAAAAUUGCAUUGCCUCCAGAGUUGGCUAAAAUUCAUAAUGUUUUCCAUGUAUCAAUGCUGAGGAAGUGUGUACUUGAUUCGAGUUAUGUAUUGAAUUAUGAGCCACUUGGAGUCAAGGAAGAUUUGACAUAUUCAGAGUAUCUAAUUAGAAUUUUAGACCGGAAAGAACAAGCAUUAAGGUCAAGAAUUGUUAAACUAGUAAAGGUUUUAUAG